UUGGCCAAGUUUCAUCUUUCAAUCAAACACUUCCUAGUUCCUCCCUUACCCUUCAAUACAGUUUUCCUUUCUUCUUUUACAAUGGCAGCGACCGCGUCUUCAAUGAAGAGUAUGAAGCUCCGGUCAUGGCAAAGGUGUUGUUCAAGGCACAUUAGGGAGCGGAGGGCUCGACUCUAUAUCAUAUGGAGGUGUACUGUGUUGCUGAUAUGUUGGCAUGAGUAGCCUUUCUGAUUAGCUUAAGUAUCUGGAUUGAUUUGGUUUCUCAACCGAAUUGAAGAAUUAAUGAAUUAAGGAUGAGAACCAGAAUGAAUUAAUGAUAUAUAGGGGCAAAUAUGUAGAAGUCAGGAAAAAAGUACUCAGACUAGUACUUGGAAAAAUUGAUGAAAACUGGUGUGGAUGCAUGCUGUGCAAAAUAACAUAAUGUCCCUUACAGGGGAAAAUGAAAAUCUUGGUGCAAUUUUGUAACUAGUAAACUAGUUCUGAACUGAAGUUUUCUUGUACCCUUUGGUGUGAAGGUUACCUUAGAGAUUAAAAUACUCAAGAAAGCCACAUUUCUUGGUAGUAAUUAGUAGCUUAAAUCUUCUUUUUAUGGAAUAAUGACAACACCAGGAA